CCGGGCGCCGCUGCCGCCCCGUCCCCUGCCCUGGGUCUGGAAAAACCCUCAUGGAUUGAGGAGGCUUUGGGGUUUUUUUAAGCUUUUUUUAUGCGUUUGUCUUUUUUACCGUUUUUGUUGGAAGAUGAAAUGCUUCUCACGUUAUCUGCCUUAUAUCUUCAGACCGCCGAACACCAUCCUGUCUUCCAGCUGCCACGCAGAAGCUGACAUUAUCUCUACGGUAGAAUUCAACCACACGGGAGAAUUACUAGCAACAGGGGACAAGGGGGGCCGGGUCGUCAUAUUCCAGCGCGAGCAGGAGGGCAGGCAGCAGCCCCAGCGCCGCGGCGAGUACAAUGUCUACAGCACCUUCCAGAGCCACGAGCCCGAGUUCGAUUACCUGAAGAGCCUGGAGAUCGAGGAGAAGAUCAACAAGAUCCGAUGGCUCCCGCAGCACAACGCCGCCUACUUCCUGCUCUCCACCAACGAUAAGACUGUGAAGCUGUGGAAGGUCAGCGAGCGAGACAAGCGGCCGGAGGGCUACAACCUCAAGGAUGAGGACGGCCGCCUCCGAGACCCCUCCAUGAUCACCACGCUGCGGGUGCCGGUGCUGCGGCCCAUGGAGCUGAUGGUGGAGGCCACCCCGCGGCGGGUGUUCGCCAACGCUCACACCUACCACAUCAACUCCAUCUCCGUCAACAGCGACUACGAGACCUACAUGUCGGCCGAUGACCUGCGGAUCAAUCUGUGGCACUGCGAGAUAACGAAUCAAAGCUUCAACAUCGUGGACAUCAAGCCGGCGAACAUGGAGGAGCUGACGGAGGUGAUCACCGCGGCAGAGUUCCACCCGCACCACUGCAACACCUUCGUCUACAGCAGCAGCAAGGGCACCAUCCGGCUGUGCGACAUGCGCGCCGCGGCGCUGUGCGACCGGCACGCCAAGUUUUUUGAGGAGCCCGAAGACCCAAGUAACCGGUCAUUUUUUUCUGAGAUCAUCUCCUCAAUCUCUGACGUUAAAUUCAGCCACAGCGGGAGGUAUAUCAUGACCCGGGAUUAUCUGACGGUCAAAGUGUGGGACCUGAACAUGGAGAACCGGCCCAUCGAGACCUACCAGGUCCACGAUUACCUCCGCAGCAAGCUGUGCUCGCUCUACGAGAAUGACUGCAUCUUCGAUAAGUUUGAGUGUGUGUGGAAUGGCUCUGACAGCGUCAUCAUGACCGGCUCCUACAACAACUUCUUCCGCAUGUUCGACCGCAACACCAAGCGCGACGUGACGCUGGAGGCCUCGCGGGAGAACAGCAAGCCCCGGGCCAUCCUCAAGCCCCGCAAGGUCUGCGUUGGCGGCAAGCGGAGGAAAGACGAAAUCAGUGUGGACAGUCUGGACUUUAGCAAAAAGAUCCUGCAUACAGCUUGGCACCCUUCAGAAAAUAUCAUCGCCGUGGCAGCGACAAAUAACCUGUAUAUAUUCCAGGACAAGGUUAACUAGGAGGACAAGUUAUUCUUUAGGAAUCUCAUGUACUGAAUACUAGUAAAGACAAGAUUUCAAA